GCCCUGCGGCCAGAACCGGAAAUCCGGCGCCGCCUCAGGAGCAGCCCGGGCCGAGGCAGCUGCGGCCCCGAUCCCGGUCCCGGCCCGAUCCCCAUCCCGAUCCAGUUCUCGUUCCCGUUCCCCCCGCCCUCGGCCGCCCGGCCGCCCCCGCCGCCGCCAUGGGGUGCACGCUGAGCGCCGAGGAUAAGGCGGCGGUGGAGAGGAGUAAAAUGAUCGACCGCAACCUGCGGGAAGACGGCGAGAAGGCGGCCAAGGAGGUGAAGCUGCUGCUGCUCGGUGCUGGAGAGUCUGGGAAAAGCACCAUUGUGAAGCAGAUGAAGAUUAUCCAUGAGGAUGGCUACUCAGAGGAGGAAUGCAAACAGUAUAAAGUGGUUGUGUACAGCAACACCAUCCAAUCCAUCAUCGCCAUCAUCAGAGCCAUGGGGAGGCUAAAGAUAGACUUUGGGGAAGUUGCCAGAGCAGACGAUGCCCGGCAGCUGUUCGUGCUGGCUGGCAGCGCGGAGGAGGGGAUGAUGACGGCUGAGCUGGCUGGAGUCAUCAAACGGCUCUGGAGAGACCCUGGAGUGCAGGCCUGCUUCAGCAGAUCCAGGGAAUACCAGCUCAACGAUUCUGCGUCCUAUUACCUAAAUGACUUGGAUAGAAUAUCCCAGCCGACCUACAUUCCCACUCAGCAGGAUGUGCUGCGGACCAGAGUGAAAACUACAGGAAUCGUCGAGACUCACUUCACCUUCAAGGACCUGUAUUUCAAGAUGUUCGACGUGGGAGGGCAGCGCUCGGAGCGGAAGAAGUGGAUCCACUGCUUCGAGGGGGUGACAGCCAUCAUCUUCUGCGUGGCCCUGAGUGACUACGACCUGGUGUUGGCUGAGGACGAGGAGAUGAACCGGAUGCAUGAGAGUAUGAAACUGUUUGACAGCAUCUGUAACAACAAAUGGUUCACAGACACCUCCAUCAUCCUCUUCCUGAACAAGAAAGACCUGUUUGAGGAGAAGAUUAAGAAGAGCCCACUAACGAUCUGCUACCCAGAGUACACAGGCUCCAACACGUACGAGGAGGCAGCCGCCUACAUCCAGUGCCAGUUUGAGGAUCUGAACCGGAGGAAGGACACCAAGGAGAUCUACACCCACUUCACCUGCGCCACCGACACCAAGAACGUCCAGUUCGUCUUCGACGCCGUCACCGACGUCAUCAUCAAAAACAACCUCAAGGAGUGCGGGCUCUACUGAGAGUGUUUCUGCCUGGUGUGAGCCCCAGCCGCCGGCUGCCUCGUGGGGACAGCGACGAGCACGACCCAGGAGCGGAGAACAUGCGGAAUCCUGGAAUUCUUUAGCACAAUCUUCUGUCUUAGGGACCUUUUAUUGCUGUGGGAUGUGGAAUUAGGGCACAGUGAAGCCACGUAGUGGGAGUAGAUCCUCCUGGCAUCGUUGGACGGCGUGAUCUCCGGGAUGUGCGGUGGAUUCCAGCUGGAUUCCAGACCUUGGAUAUGUAGCUUUCUCUCUUCCUUUGGUUAACAAGCCACCACUAGUCUGUUUUUAAGGUUAUUUUUUUUUUUCCAUCGAGAAAACUAUAACUUUACUAAACUUUAUUUCUUUAUUUGCAAACCUUGUUUUAAAAAUAAUAAUAAUUAAAAAAGCAACAAAAAAAAAAUCACUUAACUAUGCACAUGUGAGCAGAUCCUGCAGAAAAUAUUCCUCUUAGCAGGAAUUCCUUGUUUUUAACACUUGCUAUGGCCAGGAUUUAAUAUUUCUGCAGCUACUAAGGGAUCCUUAGAGCUUCGGCUUUUUUUCCAUGUGUGAUUUGUUACCAUCCUGCUCCCCCCAGGCUUUGGGAAAGGCUCUUGCAGCAGAAGGAGGGUUUAGGUUCUGUUGGGGGUUUGAGCCCAGUUUUAUGCCAGUUUUAUGGGAAGGGAUUUGUGCUCAGCGUAAUCCUAGCUUGGUGGGGAGAGGAGCUGAGCCCUCGCUGGGGGAAAAACUGUUGCUUCCCAUCUCCCAAAGCACUGAUUCCUGUGCAUUUUUUGGGAUGAAAACGGUGGAUUAUUCUGUGCUGCCUUUCCCAUGGCCCUCCCUGCCCAGCCCUGUCCUGAGCAUGCCUUUACUUUGUCUGUGUGGUGCCAAAUCCCUGUUUCCCUCUAGUGCCAUCCCUAACCAGUCCUACGUUCCUUUGCUGAUCCAUGAUUGCAUCCAGACUCCUCCCACUUUGUCAUGUGUACAGUUGGAUCUGUUAGACUUGUUGGCAGUAUUAAAAUGGUGAGUAAAGAUUGUA